AUGAAGGUUGUGGUGUCAUGCAUAAACUUCAUCAGAGCAAAGGGAGUUAAACACAGGCAGUUCCAAGAAUUCCUGUCUGAACUGGAAUCUGCACACGGAGAUAUGCUGUACUACACAGAGGUCCGAUGGUUGAGCCGGGGCAGAGUUUUGAGGCGUUUAUACGAGCUGCUACCUGAAAGUAACUCAUUUCUUCAUUCACAAAACAAAACGGUGCCAGAGCUGAUCGACCCAGAAUGGAAAUGGCACCUCGCAUAUUUAACAGACAUGGCAGAAAUGCUGAACAGCUUUAACUUGCAGCUACAAGGCCAGGGGAAACUCAUUUGCGACAUGUAUUCCCGCAUAAAAGCAUUUGAGGUGAAACUAGAGCUGCUUUUGGGACAAGUGAAAAAGCACAGCCUCUCUGCAGAGAACCCAGUGGUCCCGUUUCCAGCUGAAAAGUGUGUGGAAGCACUGGAAAUGCUGAAGGCGGAGUUCGGUGUGCGAUUCCGUGAACUACAUGUUUAUGCAAAAGAAAUCCGUCUUUUCCAGAACCUCUUUGUUGCCGACAUUGAUAAAGCCCAGCCUUCUUAUCAGUUUGAGUUGGCCGAGUUACAGAACUGUGAUGUUUUGAAAGAUGCGUUCAAGCCCAACAGUCUCAUUGACUUCUAUGCCGCCCUCCCAAACGACACAUACCCUAACAUCAGAAAACACGCAAUGAAGAUGUCCACACUUUUUGGCAGCACGUAUAUCUGCGAGCAAACCUUUUCACACAUGAAACUGCUGAAAACUCCAGUGAGAUCAAGAUUGACAGAUGCAUCAGUGUUUGAGACUGGCAGUGACUAG